CACAGUCUUGCACGUAGAUGGUGUUAUAGUCGCGUGUGCUUCAGCACGAAAGACUUUUAUUCAUUAUGUUUCGCUUGCUGCGUUUGAGACAAGGAGCUGUACGGCUACAUCCAACAACAAGCCUGUUGCUAUGGAGAUGUGCCAGCACAGAGGCAUCAUUCAAACCUAAGGCUGUAGCAUUUGACAUGGGAGGGGUGGUGAUUCCUUCACCCAAUGAAAUCUUCGGCAGGUUUGAAGUUCAACAUGGUUUACCAAAAGGAGCAAUCGGCAGUGCAAUAAGGGCUGGAGGUGACCAAGGUCCUUGGGCUCUCCUUGAGAUGGGGAAACUACCUCCAGAAGAAUUUGCUGAAAAAUUUGCCUCAAUUCUCAAGACAAUGACUGAUAAAUCAGUUAGUGUUGAGAGUUUGUUGGAUGAAAUCCAGACGAGUACCUUUGCAAAACCAUACCCAGAAAUGCUUGCAGCAAUAAAAGCAAUAAGGGCACAUGGUCUGAAAGCAGCUCUUGUAACAAAUAACUGGUUCAUGAAAAAUGGGAAAACUUUCCUUCCAGUGGAUGCGAAUGACUUUGAUGUGGUAAGAGACUUUGAAUUCAUAGAAUUGACAUCCAAAUGAAAGUACAUCAUGAUAACACUAUUUU